AUGGUUGGUACCGACAACGACGAUGCCACUGCCCGAGAUGCUCGGCUGAAUCGCGACCGGGCUGGACCCGACUCUCGGCGCGCGUACAGCAGCAUGGCGGCGUCGAGGAACGACCUUGAUGACAACGACGGGGACGCCACGGAAGACGAAGGGCUGAUAUCUGGUGCAGGGCUGGAUGAGAACCAUCCGAGCUCGGCCUCGUACCUCACUCGGCUGGUGGCCGUCGCGUGCCUUGGCGGCCUCCAGUUUGGAUGGGACACGGGCAUCGCCAGCGGCAUGCUCGUCGCCAUCCGCGGUGACCUGGGACACGAGCUGUCCGAGGGGGAACAGGAGCUCAUCGUUAGCGCCACCACUGUCGGUGCCAUCGUCGGCGCUGUCGUCGCGGGCCGUAUGUCCGACUGGGCGGGGAGGAAGAAGGUCAUGAUCGCAUCGGCGGUCCUCUUCCUCCUGGGCUCGCUCGAGCAGGCCGCCUCGCAAGUCGUGCGCGAGCUGGUGCUGGGCCGUGUGCUGGUGGGUCUAGGCGUCGGCAUGGCGAGCAUGGUGGUGCCCACCUACCUCGCCGAGGUGGCGCCGACGUCGGUGCGCGGCCGCAUCGUGGGCUUCAACAGCGUCCUCAUCACCUUCGGCCAGGUGGUGGCCUACACGAUCGACGCGGCCCUCUACAACGUCACCAUGGGCUGGCGCUGGAUGGUCCUCAUCGGAGGCGCGCCCGCCAUCUUGCAGAUGGUUGGACUCUUCUACCUCGACGAGUCACCCCGGUGGCUCGUGGCGCGCGGCAGGAUCGUCUCGGCGCGGCGCGUGCUGCAGCGAAUCUACCCUACCGCCACCAAUCGCGAGGUCGACAUGGAGAUCGAGAGGAUCGAGCGGAGCAUGCGCGGGACAACGAGCCAGGUCCCCGAGGAUCCCGACGAGCGCAACGGCAACGGCAGCGGCGGCGGCGGCGGCGGCGGUGAGGAUGUCGAGGGUCGCGGCUCGAUGACGCGCAUCUCGAGCGUCGCGCCGCAGAUUCUGUCGACGGCGGCGCCCAAGGUCAAGGAGGCCAAGGGCAAGCUCAAGCUGCUUUGGAACGAGCCAAACAACCGCAAGGCCCUCAUUCUCGCGUGCGGCCUGCAGUUUUUCCAGCAGAUGGUCGGCUUCAACUCGCUAAUGUACUUCAGCGGGCGGCUACUGCUCAUGGCGGGCUUCACCUCGAACCCGAAUGCGGCGGCGAUCGGCAUCGCCGUAUCCAACUGCAUCGGAACGGCCUUGGGGAUGCGCUUCGUCGACCGCAUCGGCCGGCGCAAGCUGCUCCUGUGGGCCACGUUCGGCACGACGCUGUCCCUGGCGCUGCUCAGCUUCAGUCUGAGCAUGGUCGACGUCGGUCCCACCUCUGGCACGCCUUCCGCAACCGUCGCCGCCUCCACAGAAACAGCAGCGGAGGGAGCGGCGGGCGCGGGCGCAGGGGCGUGGGCGUACCUCUCUCUGAUCUUCAUGAUCGUGUUCACGCUCAACUACGCCGUCGGGCUCGGCAUCCUGCCCUGGUUGAUCCAGAGCGAAGUCUUUGCCGGUCCAGUACGCGGUAUCGGAGCCGGUCUGGCCAGCGCGACCAACUGGACAUCGAACCUCGUCAUCUCAUCCACCUUCCUCCACCUCGUCAAGGCCAUUACGCCCGCAGGCAGCUUCGCACUCUACGCCCUCGUCGCCGCCGCAUCCUGGUACUUUACCUGGACCAGGCUGCCCGAUAUGAAGGGCGUCAGUCUCUCCGACGUCCAGCACUCGUUUGGCCCGUCGUCGUCGUCGGGCAGCGGUGCAGCUGGCGGUACCGCGACGGGGGCGGCGGCGGCGUACCAGGCCGUUGCUACUACCGAGGAGGACGACGAGGAUGACGUCGAUGGAAGACGACGAUGA